CCCUAAAUGCCCCCAAAUCAACAGGAAGUGACCCUGAAAUGCCCCAAAAUCAACAGGAAGUGACCCCGGAAUGCCUCCAAAUCAACAAGACGUGACCUAACGUGAACAGGGAGUGACCCUGAAAUGUCCUAAAAUCAUCAGGAAGUGAUCCAAUAUGAACAGGAAGUGACCCCAAAUCUCCCUAAACCAACAGGAAGUGAGCCUGAAAUGCCCCAAAGUCAACAGGAAAUGACCUGAUAUCUACAGAAAGUGACCCUGAAAUGCCCCCAAGUCAACAGGAAGUGACCCUGAAAUGCCUCAAACUCAACAGGAAGUGAUCCUGGAAUGCAUCCAAAUCAACAGGAAGUGACCUAAUGUGAACAGGAAGUGAUCCCGUAAUGCCCCAAAAUGAACAGAAAGUGACCCAAUACGAACAGGAAGUGACCCUGAAAUGUCCCAAAAUCAACAGGAAGUGAUCCAAUAUGAACAGAAAGAACCCCUAAUCAACAGGAAGUGACCCGAUAUCUUCAGGAAGUUAACCCUGGAAUGCCUCAAAAUAAAUGGGAAGUGAACCCGAAGUCGCCACAUAAUUACAGGAAGUGGCCCAAUGUAAACAGAAAGUGAUCCUGGAAUGCCCCAAAAUCAACAGGAAGUGAUCCAAUAUGAACAAAAAGAACCCCUAAUCAACAGGAAGUGACCCGAUAUCUUCAGGAAGUUACCCUGGAAUGCCUCAAAAUAAAUGGGAAGUGAACCCGAAGUCCCCACAUAAUUACAGGAAGUGGCCCAAUGUAAACAGGAAGUGAGCCUGGAAUGCUCCAAUAUCAACAGGAAAAUGACCUGUAAUCUACAGGAAGUGACCCAAUAUGAACAGGAAGUGACCCAAAAGGCCCCCAAAUCAACAAGAAGUGAGCCUGAAAUGCCCCAAAAUCAACAGGAAGUGACCUGAUAUGUGACCUUGGAAUGCCCCCCAAAAACCAGGAAGUGACCCUGAAAUGCCCCCAUGUCUACAUGAAAUGACUCUGGAAUGCCUCGAACUCAACAGCAAGUGACCCCGAAAUGCCCCCAAAUCAAUGGGAAGUGACCCAAUAUGAACAGGAAGUAACCCAAUAGGAACAGAAAGAACCCAAAAUGCCCCCAAAUCAACAGGAAGUGACCCAUUAUGAAAUGGAAGUGACCCAAAAUGCCUCCAUAUCAACAGGAAGUGACCCUGAAAUGCCCCAAAAUCAAGAGGAAAUGACCUGAUAUCUACAGGAAGUGACUCUGGAAAGCCCCCAGACCAACAGGAAGUGAGCCCAAAUGCCCCUGAAUCAAUGAUAAGUGACCCAAUUUGAACAGGAAGUGAUCCCUAAAUCAACAGGAAGUGCCCGCGAAACCCUGGAAUGGCUCAAAAUCAACAGGAAGUGAAUCCGAAAUCCCCCCUUAUUAACAGGAAGUAACCCAAAUUGAACAGGAAACGACUCUUAAAUGCCCCCAAAUACACAGGAAGUGACCUAAUGUGAACAGGAAGUGAUCCCGUAAUGCCCCCAAAUGAACAGAAAGUGACCCAACAUGAACAGGAACUGACCCUGAAAUGCCCCCAAAUCAACAGGAAAUGACCCGACAUCUAUGGGAAGCGACCCCGAAAUGCCCCCAAAUCAACAGGAAGUGAUCCCGUAAUGCCCGUAAAUGAACAGAAAGUGAUCCAAUAUGAACAGGAAGUGAACCCGAAAGCCCCACAUAAUUACAGGAAGUGACCCAAUGUAAACAGGAAAUGCCACAAGACCAACAAGAAGUCACCCUGAAAUGUCUCAAAUCAACAGGAAGUGACCCUAACGUCUCAAAAUCAACAGGAAGUGCGCCAAUUAGUACAGGAAGUGAACCCGAAAUGCCCCCAAAUCACCUGGAAGUGACCCCAAAGUCUCCUCAUAUAAACAGGAAGUGACCCAUGAUGAACAGGAAGUGUAGAAGCUUAAUUAUCAAUUUUCCCAUCGUUUUUGAUGCCACGUAGUACAACAUAACACAAGUGUUAUUAAAAUCCCUAAACAUAAAUUUACCAUUUGCAUUUUAAAUGCAUCCGCCUCUUUUUGAGAAUGAACAGUUUUGCCCACGCAACAAAACAAAAUGAAGUCCGUGUCUGGUGUGUAUUUUUUUACCAAGCACAUGAACAGGACGCGCUCGUAAUUUCCAAUUAGGUAAGGUUCAUCUUUCCCAGGGCACGUGAAGGCAGCAUUGACGUCCACUUUCGUCGUCAAAGUGAGACCUCAGUUUCUUUUCGCGCUCUCAUUUCACUUUAUGUGCUUAACCAGUAAGAGGCAGUGUCAAAGAAACCAAACUCUCGCGAGACUUACCAUAUCCCCGGAAAUCCUGCGAAAGACGACGACUGCAAAACAAGCGGUGGCUAUUUGGCCAUUUUCUUAACAAGAAAAACACAUUUUUAAACGUCAGCUCGAGAGAGCGAAUAACAUUCAUCGGGUUUGAAAGCGCUUCGCCAUUUUGACGCACUCUAUAAGGUUCACUUGGCGCCAAAAAGUCGACAAGUGAGCCCCGCUCGGCCUAGCUUGCUGGCUAUUAGCUUAGCUUUAGCGAAAUUGCGCUCAGUUAAAACUACGAAGCAAAGUUGGCUCUUUUGUUGCUUUAGUUUAGGCUGCUGCAGUUAAUAAAAGAUGUCGGACAGCGACGACAGCGACUUUUCUGAUAACCAGAGUGAGCGAAGCAGUGACGGAGAGGCCGAAGAAGUGGACGAGAACGAGGAGGAAGCGGCCAGCCCGGUCGGCAGCGACAAAGUGGCCGAGGAGGAAGGGGAGGACCUGGACGACGAGUACGAUGAAGAAGAGGAGGAAGACGACGAGGACCGUCCUCGAAAGAAGCCGCGGCACGGAGGCUUUAUCCUGGACGAAGCCGAUGUGGACGACGAAUACGAGGACGAGGAGGACCAGUGGGAGGAAGGAACUGAAGACAUUAUGGAAAAAGAGGAGGCCGAAGUGUCCAACAUCGACCACGUGGUUCUGGACGAAGAUCAUUCCGGGUCCAGGAGGCUCCAGAACCUCUGGAGAGACUCACGAGAGGAGGCGCUGGGUGAAUACUACAUGAGGAAGUACGCCAAGUCUUCAGGAGGGGAGCACUACUCUGGAGGGUCGGAGGAGCUCUCUGAUGACAUCACCCAGCAGCAGCUACUUCCUGGUGUCAAGGAUCCCAAUUUGUGGACCGUCAAGUGCAAGAUCGGGGAAGAGAGAGCGACGGCCAUCGCGCUGAUGAGGAAGUUUAUCGCUUAUCAGUUCACGGACACGCCGCUCCAGAUCAAGUCGGUGGUGGCCCCGGAUCACGUCAAGGGCUACAUCUACGUGGAGUCGUACAAGCAGACGCACGUGAAAGCCGCCAUCGAGGGCAUCGGCAACCUUCGCAUGGGCUUGUGGAACCAGCAGAUGGUGCCCAUCAAGGAGAUGACGGACGUCCUCAAGGUGGUCAAAGAGGUCACCAAUCUCAAGCCCAAAUCCUGGGUCCGGCUCAAGCGAGGCCUCUACAAAGACGACAUUGCGCAGGUGGACUACGUGGAGCCCAGUCAAAACACCAUCUCACUCAAGAUGAUCCCUCGCAUCGAAUUGGACCGCAUCAAAGCCAAGAUGAGCUUGAAAGAUUGGUAUGCCAAGAGGAAGAAGUUCAAGAGACCCGCUCAGAGGCUUUUCGACGCUGAAAAAAUCAGGUCGCUGGGAGGGGAGGUCAGUCACGACGGAGACUUCAUGAUCUUCGAGGCCAACCGCUACAGCCGCAAAGGGUUCCUGUUCAAGAGCUUCGCCAUGUCAGCUGUGAUCACAGAUGGCGUGAAGCCCACAUUGUCCGAGCUGGAGAAGUUUGAAGACCAACCGGAAGGAAUCGACUUGGAGGUGGUCACUGAAUCAGGCAAGGAGCGCGAACACAACCUUCAGGCCGGGGACAACGUGGAGGUCUGCGAGGGCGAGUUGAUCAACCUGCAGGGGAAAAUCCUUAGCGUGGACGGCAACAAGAUCACCAUCAUGCCCAAACACGAAGACCUCAAGGACCCGCUGGAGUUCCCGGCCCAAGAGUUAAAGAAAUACUUCCGCAUGGGCGACCACGUGAAAGUGAUCGCCGGCCGCUACGAAGGCGACACGGGUCUCAUCGUCCGCGUGGAGGAGAACUUUGUCAUCCUCUUCUCCGACCUGACCAUGCACGAGCUGAAGGUGCUGCCCAGAGAUCUGCAGCUCUGCUCGGAGACGGCGUCCGGCGUGGAUGCGGGAGGGCAGCACGAGUGGGGGGAGCUUGUUCAACUCGACCCGCAGACGGUCGGCGUUAUCGUGCGGUUGGAGAGGGAAACCUUCCAGGUGUUGAACAUGCACGGCAAAGUGCUGACGGUGCGCCACCAGGCGGUCAACCGAAAGAAGGACAACCGUUUCGCUGUGGCCCUGGACUCGGAGCAGAACAACAUCCACGUCAAAGACAUCGUCAAAGUCAUCGACGGGCCGCACUCGGGCCGCGAAGGCGAGAUCCGCCACCUCUUCCGAGGCUUCGCCUUUCUCCACUGUAAGAAGCUGGUGGAGAACGGAGGAAUGUUUGUGUGCAAGACUCGCCACCUGGUGUUAGCCGGGGGCUCCAAGCCCAGGGAUGUGACCAACUUUACGGUGGGCGGCUUUGCUCCCAUGAGCCCUCGCAUCAGCAGCCCCAUGCAUCACGGCGGCGGCGGUGCUCAACAAAGAGGGGGAGGCGGAGGCGGAAUGGGGCGGGGCCGAGGACGACGAGACAACGAGUUGAUCGGUCAGACCGUCCGCAUCUCGCAGGGUCCAUACAAAGGUUACAUCGGCGUGGUGAAGGACGCCACCGAGUCCACGGCCAGAGUGGAGCUUCACUCCACCUGUCAGACCAUCUCUGUGGACAGACAGCGUUUGACCACCAUGGGCUCUCAGAAACACAGCGGCAUGACCUCUACCCACGGGCGCACGCCCAUGUACGGCUCGGGUUCCCGGACGCCUAUGUGCGGCUCCCAGACGCCGCUGCACGACGGAAGCCGAACGCCUCACAGCGGCUCGCAGACGCCACUUCACGACGGCAGCAGGACGCCCGGUCAGAGUGGUGCCUGGGACCCCAACAACCCCAACACGCCGUCCAGGAAUGACGAGGAGUACGACUUCGCCUACGACGACGAGCCGUCGCCCUCGCCUCAGGGCUACGGAGGCACGUCCAAUCCGCAAACGCCGGGCUACCCGGAAGUCCCGUCCCCGCCGGUCAACAAUCAGUUCAACCCUCAGACGCCCGGCACGCCCGCCAUGUACAACACAGAGCAAUAUUCUCCCUACGCCGUGCCCUCACCCCAGGGUUCCUACCAGCCUAGUCCUAGUCCUCAGAGCUACCACCAGGUGGCGCCCUCGCCUGUUGGCUUCCAGAACACGCACUCGCCCGCCAGCUAUCACCCGACGCCGUCGCCUAUGGCCUAUCAGGCCAGCCCGAGUCCGAGCCCUGUGGGUUAUAGCCCCAUGACGCCCGGGGCGCCUUCUCCCGGUGGCUACAACCCUCACACGCCGGGCUCCAACAUCGAGCAGGGCGGCAGCGACUGGGUGACCACCGACAUCCUGGUGCGGGUCAAGGACUCCUUCAUGGAUCUGAUGGGCCAGACGGGAGUCAUCCGCAGCGUGACGGGUGGCAUGUGCUCCGUGUUCAUGCAGGACUCUGAGAAGGUGGUGAGUGUCAGCGGCGACCACCUGGAGCCCGUCACGCCUACCAAGAACGACAAGGUGAAGGUGAUUUUGGGAGAGCACCGCGAGGCCACGGGCACGCUGCUGAGCAUCGAUGGAGACGACGGCAUCGUUCGCAAAGUCCUCGACAACCAGCUGAUGAUCCUCAACUUGAGGUUUUUGGGCUGUCUGGGCCACUGAGACGGGCGCCAACUAACUCUAUCGCUGCCGGAGCCAUAUUUUUGUUUGACUUUCACCACAUUUUCAUUUUUCUUGACAAGAAGUCGUUUGUUUUGCUGUGUGACGUUAGCAUAGUGACUGUUAGCAUGUUAGCAUUUUAGCUCGUAGUCAUUGUACAAUGCACCGACUGUUUUAGGUUGACUCAAAAAAAAAAAAUGCAAUGAAAGACUGCAGCUAGCAUGCUAACAGUUUCUAUGCUAACGUCCCAGUUAGCAUAGUAACUGCAAACAAAUUCAAUCCUGGUUCGCCACCAGAGCGAUAUUUUUGUUUGACUAUUACCACAUUUUAAUUUUGCUUGACAAGUUGUUUUUUUUUUGCUGUGUGACAUUAGCAUAGUGACUGUUAGCAUUUUAGCUCGUAGUCAUUGUACAAUGCACCGACUGUUUUAGGUUGAACCAAAAAAAUGCAAUGGAGGACUGCAGCUAGCAUGCUAACAGUUUCUAUGCUAACGUCCUAGUUAGCAUAGUAACUGCUAACAAAUUCAAUCCCGGUUCGCCACUAGAGCGAUAUUUAUGUUUGACUUUCACCACGUUUUCAUUUUUCUUGACAAAACGUUUUUGUUAUGUGACGUUAGCAAAUUGACUGUUAGCAUUUCAGCUGGCAGUCAUUGUACAAUUCACCGACCGUUUUAGGAUGAGCCAAAAAGACAAAAUGAAUGACAGCAGCUAGCAUGCUAACAGUUACUAUGCUAACGUCACAGUUAUUAUGCUGAAGUUCCCGGUUGACUUUCACCAACUUUUCAAUUUUGACAAAAAGUCGUGUUUUUUUGCUAUUUGAUGUUAGCACAGUGACUGUUAGCAUUUCAGCUGGUAGUCAUUACCAAUUCAUACAAUUCGACUGUUUUAGGUUGAGCCAAAAAGAGAGAAUGAACGACUGCAGCUAGCAUGCUAACAAUUAUUAUGCCGAAGUAACAGAACAUAGAACACAAUUGAUUAGGUCAGCGCAAACAAAUUCAAUCUCAGUUUGCUGUCAAAGGGAUAUUUUUGUGUCACUUUCAUCAUGUUUCAUUUUUUUCUCGACAAAAGUCGUUUUUUUUUUGCUAUGUUACUUUAGCAUAUUGAUUGUUAGCAUUUUAGCCGCUGGUCAUUGGACAUUUAACUGUUUAGGUUGAGCCAAAAAGAAACGAUGAAUGACUGCAGCUAGCAUGCUAACAGUUAUUAUGCUAAAGUAACAUAACAAUACCAAUAAUGACGAUAAAUGUCGACUGAACCACGAUUCUUCACUAAAGACAACCAUGUCAAUAAAAUAUGAAAGUGGCCUCAUCA